UUCUGUCUCCGUAUGUUAUGGCCUCAGGAGGCUUGUACCGGUGGCGGAUGACAGCUGUAAACAAGCUGCGGUGAAACUCAGGCACUUUGAGGCGAACCGAGCGGGAAGAGCGCGGUGACGAUUAAAAGGCGAAGAGCUCAAAAAAGAUGGUGGUGCGUAGGGCCAUGGCCCCCUGCGGGCUGGUUCUGUUGAGUUUGUGGCUGUGUAUCCAGUCAGUGCCGAUCAGUAUGGACAAGACCAAAGAAGAGCCUUUGAAGGAGGAGCUGGAGCCACCGCAGAGUGCUGAGACGGGCCUGCACUACGACCGCUACCUCAGGGAAGUCAUUGAAUUUCUCGAGAAAGACCCCCACUUCAAGGAAAAGCUCAAAAAUGCCAACAUGGACGACAUCAAGCAGGGCAAACUUUCCAAAGAGCUGGACUUUGUCCACCACAAUUUUCGGACCAAGCUGGACGAGCUGAAGCGGGAGGAGAUGGGCAGGCUACGGAUGCUCAUCAGGGCCAAGCAAGACAUCCAGGGGGGGAAUGGCCGGACAGUGGACCACCAGGCCCUGCUCAAGCAGUUUGACCAUCUCAACCACCUGAAUCCACACACGUUCGAGGUGGAGGAUCUGGAACGCCUCAUCCAGUCGGCGACCAACGACCUGGAGAACUACGACAAGAGCCGCCACGACGAGUUCAAGAAGUACGAGAUGCUGAAGGCGCACGAGAGGAAGGAGCGGCUGAACGCCAUGAGUGAGGAGGAGCGCAGGGAGGAGGAGCAGCGCUACGAGGAGAUGAGAAAGAAGCACGCCGAGCAUCCCAAAGUCAACCACCCUGGCAGUGAAGACCAGCUGAAGGAGGUGUGGCAGGAGUCAGACGGGUUGGACCCAGACAACUUUGAUCCCAAGACCUUCUUCAAAAUACAUGACAGCAACGGAGACGGCUUCCUGGAUGAGAGUGAGCUUGAAGCUCUUUUCACUAAAGAGCUGGAGAAGGUGUACACCCCGGGCAACGAAGAAGACGACAUGUUUGAGAUGGAGGAAGAGAGGCUGCGCAUGAGAGAGCACGUCAUGAAUGAGGUGGACACGGACAAAGACCGACUUGUGUCUCUGAGCGAGUUCAUAGCUGCCACUCAGAAGGAGGAGUUCUUGGAAAAAGACGAGUGGGAAACAUUGGAUCAAAAACCCAUCUACACGGAGGAGGAGAUGAGGGAGUAUGAGCAGCAUCUGGUCAACGAGGAGAACGACAUCAACAAGAAGUCUGAGGAGCUGUACAAGCAGAGGGAGGAGCUGGAGAGGAAACAGAAAGAACUGAAUAAUCAGAAGAUCGGGCUGCAGCAGGCGGUGGAAGAAAUCGAAAGGAUGAAAUCCUCGGUCAAAGAGCCGGCCGCCUCCGUGGCCACAGGUGAAGGUGUACCUGUGGUACCGGUCGUACCAGGAGACGCUCGCCCCCCGCCCCCGCUGGGUCACCAGCAGAGGGACGUACCGGUGCCGGGACACUCUUAGCGGACCUUCUGAAGUGAAUGCCAGUGAGCGUGUGCGCGUCUUUCUGCCUUGUGAUGAUUCCAAUUGUUUGUUUGUUUGUUUGUUUGUUUCCAGGAUUUUCACAACACCAGUCGACAAAGAAUAUGCCGAAAUAUUAGGAGCACAUGAGAAAAUGUGAUUUCAGGCUUUAGUGCCCAUUACGCGCAAUGCGGGAAGCGUAAAUCAGAAAUGUGGAGCCGGUCCAGUGUUCCUCGUGAACAUUCAACCCUUUUGUUUUUGUCUUUUUGGUCCUUUCAUCGCAGCGAGGACUUUCUUCUCCAUGGGGAAGAGUUGUGGGGUCAAACCGGAGAGGUCGGGGGGGGCGGGGCGUUGUCUGAAGAAGUGAAUGUUUUGUUAAGCGCACAUUGUAGUUUAGUAUCACUGAUCUGGUCAGGUAGAGGAAAUACUGUAAAAGAUAUCUAUUUAUUAUUAAACUUAGCUGAAUAUUUCAUUCCGAUUUACUUUGCGUAGUUAGCUAAAUAAAAUGUAUUUUUCUGAUAACUCGCCUUUCAGCAUGUUAAUUUUACAUUACAUGUGUAAUUUUACAUAUGUACACAAGUUGGUUUAAAACAUGUCAAUCAAUCUUGGUUGAUUUGCUUCUUUCAUGUAUCUCAACUGGUGUAAUAAGCCGUUAGGACUCCUGAACCACACAUCCUUAUUUCAUUAUUUUAAGUUUAUACUACUUCAAUAACAAGCAUAUAUCGUGAUGACCAAAUGAUUGAAUAACACAGAUAAAGUUCAAUAAUAUAUUUCAAUCUUUUAAUGUAUUAUAAUUGUGAUGAUGUUAGUGACGAUUGUAUGAAAUCCAAAGUUAAUGUAUGUGCGCAGAGCGUAUGUGUGUAUGUUUUUGUUUUUUUUAAUCAUCAAAUCAAUCAUUUAUUCUCCAACCCGUAAAAUGAAACGGUCAAGAUGUGAAACUUAAUUAUAUAUAAAUUAAGCAGAUCAGAGAUAGUUAAGCUUUAUAUUAUGUUUCCUUUUCACAGAGCAGUUUAAUUGUGCGGAAUCAUGAAACUCUUGUACAAGGUUUGAAUGUGGACAAUAAAAUGAAUGAGCUUGCA